AGCACAGCACAGCACAGCACAGCACAGCUCAGCUCAGCUCUCCUCUCUCUCCUCGCGGGGACAGACAUGGCUGACGGAGUUCCUGAGGAGAGAGAUACGGGAGAUUUAGUAUAUUUCAACGCUUAGAGAUUUGAGAGCUAUGUGCUUCUGACUGAUAUGAAGGCGACGGUGAUCUUCGGUGUAAUUUACAGGUGAAGUUGUUCACGAGGGGAGAGGCUGUGAUGCUGGCAGCAGCAACACUGUGAAAUAAACUACAAUCUCAUUAGGAGAAGUCAGCAGAUACGCCAGAGCCAUCAAAAUGUCUAAAAGCAAAAGCUCUGAAUCCGUUAAGGUAGUGGUGCGUUGUCGCCCCAUGAAUGAGAAAGAGCGAGCCGCCAAUUUCCAGAGGGUGGUCUCAGUGGACGUGAAGUUUGGGCAAGUGGCUGUGCGCAACUCUCGAGGUGCGUCCUCCCAUGAGCACCCAAAAGUGUUCACCUUUGAUUCCGUCUAUGACUGGAAUUCAAAGCAGAUGGAGCUCUACGAUGAGACUUUCCGGCCAUUGGUGGACUCUGUACUGUUUGGCUUCAAUGGGACCAUCUUUGCAUACGGCCAGACGGGCACCGGAAAGACUUUCACGAUGGAAGGGGUACGAAACGACCCCGACAGGAGGGGUGUCAUUCCGAACUCCUUUGAACACAUUUUCACACACAUCUCCCGCUCUCAGAACCAGCAGUACUUGGUCAGGGCUUCAUACUUGGAGAUUUAUCAAGAAGAGAUCAGGGACCUUUUAUCGAAAGACCAAUCGCGCCGUCUGGAGCUCAAAGAGAGGCCGGAUACGGGUGUCUACGUUAAAGACCUCUCUUCAUUCGUCACUAAAAGUGUUCGUGAGAUUGAGCAUGUGAUGAAUGUGGGGAACCAGAACCGCUCGGUUGGCGCAACUAACAUGAACGAGCACAGCUCUCGCUCUCACGCGAUCUUCGUCAUCACCAUUGAGUGCAGUGAGUUGGGUCCUGAUGGAGAGAACCACAUUCGGGUUGGGAAACUCAACCUUGUUGACCUGGCAGGAAGUGAAAGACAGACCAAAACUGGUGCUCAGGGCGAGCGUUUGAAAGAAGCCACCAAAAUCAACCUCUCUUUGUCAGCUUUGGGCAACGUCAUCUCAGCGCUGGUGGAUGGGAGAAGCACCCACAUCCCAUACCGUGACUCUAAACUUACAAGACUGCUUCAGGAUUCCUUGGGUGGAAAUGCCCGUACGGUUAUGGUGGCCAACAUCGGACCUGCUUCCUACAAUUUGGAGGAGACGCUGACCACGCUACGCUAUGCAAAUCGCGCCAAAAACAUCAAGAACAAACCCCAUGUCAACGAAGACCCAAAGGAUGCGCUGCUUCGGGAGUUUCAGGAGGAGAUUGCCCGCUUGAAAGAACAGCUGGAGAAAAGGUCUGGCAGGAAGAGGAGAAAAAGGAGGAGAAGGAGGGUUGGAGAAGGUGGAGAGGAGUUAGAAGAUGGGGAGGAUGAUGAUGAGGAGGAGGAAGAGGAUGACGACGACGAAGAGGAAGGAAUGGAUGCAGAUAAGAACAUCACGGAUUAUUGGCGCGAACAACAAGAGAAGCUGGAGAAGGAGAGGAAGGCCAUCAUGGAGGACCACAGCCUGGUGGCGGAGGAGAAACAGCGGCUGCUGAAAGAGAAGGGGAAGAAGAUGGACGAUCUUCACAAAGAGAAGGAGGCAUCAGAGAUGCUGGCGGCCAAAGUUAAGGCCAUGGAAAGCAAGCUGCUGGUGGGAGGAAAGAACAUUGUCGACCACACCAAUGAGCAGCAGAGGAUUCUGGAGCUGAAGAGACAGGAGAUAGCCGAACAGAAAAGGCGGGAAAGGGAGAUGCAGCAGGAGAUGGAGUGUCAUGACGAAGAGACACUGGAGCUCAAAGAGACGUACAGCUCCCUGCAGCAGGAAGUUGACAUUAAGACCAAGAAACUGAAAAAGCUCUUUUCCAAGCUGCAGUCUGUGAAGGCGGAGAUUCAGGAUGCCCAGGAUGAACACGUCAAAUACAGGCAGGAGCUGGAGCAGACGCAGAAUGAGCUGACUAGAGAACUCAAACUUAAACAUCUGAUCAUAGAGAACUUCAUCCCACUAGAGGAGAAGAACAAGAUUGUGACAAGAGCUACUUUUGAUGAAGAAGAUGACCUUUGGAAAAUGACCCCCAUCACUCGUAUUCAAAAUGAUCAGCAGAUGAUGAAAAGGCCUGUUUCUGCAGUGGGCUACAUACGGCCUCUGAGUCAGCAUGCCCGUAUGGCCAUGUUGAUGCGGCCUGAUGUCAGAUACAAGGCUGAGAAUAUCUUGCUGCUGGAGUUGGACCUGCCCACACGGACAACAAAAGACUACGAGGGGCCGGUGAUCGCACCUAAAGUGGCUGCGGCUUUGGAGGACGCUCUGAGGGAUGAGGACGAGAUCCAGGUGGACGCCUCUGGUCUUCGUGCCAGCCUGGGCUCCAGUCCAGGACUCAAUGCCUCAGCUGCUGGGUUUUCCAAGAAACCAAAGUCAGGCCGGCCAAAAACUGGCAAGAAGGUGAGCACUCCAACUUCAACUCACAGCCCUUUGUCCGGCUCGGCGUCCCCUCUUUACCCACAAUCCCGAGGCCUCGUGCCAAAGUGAAAAUAGUGAAAACCUUCACUCGAUUCAAUCUUGGUGUGUUAUCUGAACCCACCAAUCGGUCCUCAUACUACCUUGUUUUUAGAUGUCGCUUCAACAUCCCGUUUAUAGCACAAAAAAAAGUUACAUUAGGCGAUCUUUAAAGUCUUAAAGCUCACCGCAAUAUAAAGUUCCACAGAUUUAGUUUGCACUCAAGCAAAAUGUUAUGUGUUUUGUGUGUGUGUGAGACCAUUGAGAUAGCAGGUGGUCUCGGAAUUGACCGUCGUGUUAGUUACGUCAUUGUGGGAAUGUUUUUGUCUGUGUCGUUGUAGGAUUAAAAAAUUUCUCACAUAAAGUAGCUGGAGAUGAGAUUUAUGCUGGUUUGGGCCACUAAAGAACUGUAUUGUUGUUUGACGAGAGAGUAAGCACAUUACGUCAUUGACUAAGACCCAAAACAACCUCUAAGCCUUUCUCGAAGAGCUGGCUUGGGGAAGGGCCCAGAAACACACACUUGACCGGGUUGUCAUCGCUGUAUCCAGUAAGGAAAGGAGUUGGGGGUUUAAAGGUCAUUGCAUACAAAAAAUAUCAGGGUUCCAAGGUGCCUUAGAUUCUCUUUACAUACAGAAGUUUGGUCUGAGAGUCCCUUGACCUGAUAGCUGGACAGUAGAACCUGUAAUCCACACCAAAACCCCUGUGGAUGGUUCCUGAAUGCUUUGAAUUACACUAUAAGUCUGUUGUGUUUGGCAAGCUUGUAUUUAAUGUUCACGGGGAUCUGUAAACAAGAGUUUGACAUGAGUAAGUCUGAUUUCUGUUGAACUGUCAAACCUUGAACUAGUGAAGGUAAUACCAUUGCCUGCUGCUACUGUAGGGUUCUUUUACCCCUUGUGUCAUAGCAAACGGUUUAUGUAUAUUGAGACAUGUUAGUAAAUACAUCUGCAUUAUCAUUGCAGUUGUAUUAAAAUC